AUGCGUUCCAUGUCUCGUCUGUUUGUUCUGUGCCUCCUCUUGGUGCUGGGGACGGUAACUUCCGCCUGGCCAUGGCCGCCGCAUGGCGAAUUGUUGCGACGAGCUGAUACUACCGCAGCUGAGAGCGCAACCACUGGAGCCGCCGCUACCACCGAGAGUGCAUCGAAGACCGAGGCAGCGACCAAGACCGCCGCCGCGACAGGAACCGACACCACGGCCACGGCUACCGGCACCAAUACCAAGUCAGCUACCGGGACAGGCACUGCUAGCGGCAAGUCCUCUGGCUCUUCUUCGAACAGCACAACGAGUGUUUCUAUCAACCCCGCUGCCGGUGCCGGUGGUAUCUCCAUGCUCAUUCCCACCGAGGGUGCCACAACCUACUAUAAGAUCGGCGAUUAUGUGACAUUGAAAUGGAACUACACCUCUUUGACCAUCAGCCCAACGGCUGUCAACGUUGUCGCUUCGUGCAGUUUGAACAGCGCCACCUACACCAUCUCGUCCAACAUGACCAUGUCGCCCACCGGAGAGGUGGUCUGGGACACCAAGAAGUACCAGGCCAACGCGACUGUCCCGCUGUUGACGGCGUCGUACACGUUGAUUGUGUGGGAUGCCAGCAAGGCCAUCACUGAGACGGCCAGUGCCGGUUAUCUUAGCGCUGCUAGCAGCUACAUCUUCGGAAUGUACAGCUCCCAGCCGUACACUCCGCUCAAUGGAUUUGUCUGCGCUACCUGCAGCGGGGCUUUCUCCGAACUCGAACGCUUAGGGAUGAAAUUCACCUUUGGCAUGUUCGCCAUCACCGUCCUGUCCUUCUCCUGGUUUGCCGGUGGCUUCGGUCUCUUCUCCACAUGA